AUGGCGGACCCAACGGGGUCAUGGCGGACCCAACGGGGUCAUGGUGGACCCGACGCGGACCCGACGGGGUCAUGGUGGACCCAACGGGGUCAUGGCGGACCCAACGGGGUCAUGGUGGACCCGACGCGGACCCGACAGGGUCAUGGCGGACCCAACGGGGUCAUGGCGGACCCAACGGGGUCAUGGUGGACCCGACGCGGACCCGACGGGGUCAUGGUGGACCCGACGGGGUCAUGGCGGACCCAACGGGGUCAUGGUGGACCCGACGGGGUCAUGGUGGACCCAACGGGGUCCUUCACGCUGAACAUCUCGGUGCGGCAGCUUAUUUGUGGAUAUUAUCAACGACCUAAAGACCUCUGCUGCUCGACGUGUCUCUCGCUGUCUGUUUCCUCUCCAACGACUGUACCGUGUGGCGUGUGCGUGGCGUGUGCGUGGCGUGUGCGUGGCGUGUGCGUGGCGUGUGAAACCGGUGAUGGUGAGGUGUUGCCAGGCGACCGGCUGACGGUGUCUCCUCUCGCCGUCUGCAGGAAGCUGACCCUGUGCCAGGCCCUGACCUUCGUCCUGCUGCUGCUGGCUCCCGGCUGCCCGGCGUCCCCGCAGAGCUCCUGGGUCUCUUCAUGGCAUCCCUCCGGCGAGGCCUCAUCGGGCCGUCCGGCGCGCGCCCGCCGGCAGCUGCACUACAGGAACGAGUGGGCGGCGUGGAGCGGCUGGUCCGUCUGCUCGCGCAGCUGCGGGGGCGGAGCCUCGGUGAGGACGCGCACCUGCGUCACCAGGAACCCGGUUGGAGGGCCGUGUGCAGGAGAUCCCAGACAAUACAAGAUCUGCAACACUAAGGAGUGCCCCCCCAGCUCUGAGGAUUUCAGAGAGAUGCAGUGUGCUGCUUUCAAUGACCGGCCGUUGGUGGCUGGAAACUCCUUCAAAUGGACCACUUUUCACGGAGGCUCCGACCCGUGUGGACUGAGCUGCCUGGCGCUCGGUCACAACUUCUACUACAACUUCGGCCGCGUGCUCGACGGCACGCCGUGCGACAAGGAGCCCGACGCGCUGUGCGUCAACGGACGCUGUCUGACCCCCGGCUGUGACUCCAUCCUGGGCUCCCAGCAGCAGGAGGACGCCUGCAUGGUGUGUGGAGGCCUGAACACCACCUGCCUGCACCACAAGAGCGUGUACCAGAGCGACGGUCUGGAGGCAGGCGGACCUUUUGGGUACAACGAAGUGGCCAUGAUACCAGCCGGAGCCACUCACAUCCGAGUCACCGACAACAGCAGGAACUACCUGGCCCUCCAGAACGGUCGCUCCCAGUUCGUGAUCAACGGGAACUGGAAGAUCAGCAUCCCGGGCGAGUACAACGUGGCCGGGACGAAGCUGCUGUACCGGCGCUCGGCGGACACCUGGGAGAGCUUCGAGGUCCCAGGACCGACCAAGGAAGACCUCCAUUUAAUGGUGCUGGCGACCGACAGGAACCCCGGCAUCGAGUACGAGUACUGGCUGCCGCCGGGCCAGUACGCCCUCCACCACGGGAGGAGGAGUCCACUGCGUCAGGCUCAUCACAACGACAACUACCUCCCCUGGGAUCAACCCACCCCCCCCACCACCACCAGGCCCCCCCCCGUCACCACCCGACCCCACUGGUUUUUAAGGCCUGUGAAGCCGCCCCGCCAAUCUCUCCACCAGAACCGCCGGCAGCGCCCCCACCAGCCCGUCCUGCCCCGUCUGGAGCGGGAGGAGAACCACAGAAACCUCCUUCCUCAGCCUCCACCUGGAAGGCAUUGUGGGAAGUGUCGGCGGGUCAAAGGUCGGAGGGAACGCCAGAGACAGUAUUGCCAGAAGGACUUCGUCUUCCGCGGCCGAGUCCUCGGGAAGCUGUACCGCGGCGAGGAGACGCGCUACGACCUCCAGGUCAUCCACACCUACCGCAACGGCUUCCGCCUGGAGCACCGCGAGUUCCUGUGGGUCCAGAACGUGUGCGACUGCCCCGACCUGCGCGAGGGGAACCAGUACAUCCUGAUGGUCCGGCGCCACAUCAACCACGAGCGCACGCUCAACCGCAUCCUGCUGGAGGAGGACAGCUACGUGGCGCCCUACAGGCCGCGAGAGGACGAGCUGCUGCGGCCGCUGGAGAGGCUCUGCAGCAACCGGGUGGCCAAGCAGCCUGCGUGAGAGCGUGUGUGUGUGUGUGUGUGUGUGUGUGUGUGUGUGUGUGUGUGUGUGUGAAGCUUUCAUCCACUUCCAACGUUUUCCUUUUCUGGACCUUCAAGGCAUCACCAGAGUGGCGUCUCCGGAGGAAAGGAACCCCCCAAAGAGACUCCAGGUUUAUUUAAGAGCCCGACCAGCUGACUGUACCACGUAGAGCACUUUAGGUGGAAGCUCCUUGUAAACGCAGAGAGAGGAACAUUGACCGAAAUGGCCUUUUUAUCAUUUAAUUUCUUCUUUUUAAAAAAAAAAUAUAUAUAUAUAGUAUUUUUUGUGAGUAAACUUAAAGGAAAAAAUCCACCUCAAAACACGCAGACGAACUUUGAUCCUAUAAAAAAAACAUUUUGAUUUUCUCCUGCUUGUUUUUCGGGUGAGAGGAACCCGGAGCACAAAGUGCUGCCGCGAUGAAGCCGAUGGCCAGAACUUAAACCGGAAGUAUGAUUUAAAUGAUGAGACUCCAGUGUUUCUCUAAGUUGAGCAACGUGUUUCCAUUCCGGUAUCGAGCGUGUUUUACUUUCCAUCCACCGGACAGCGCCGUUCGGUCAGGAGGACAAAAGCUCUGUAAUCUGCCCGGAAACGAAGAAGUCGGCUCGGUCACCUGGGAACGCGGCUAUUAAGGAUAUUAAAUCGCGGCUAUUGAGGAUAUUAAUAGCCGCGUUUCGUCGUUGUGUAUUAUUACGCACAUUUUAAAGUAUAGCUUUAAAAAAUCUCUAUAAAAAAAAAAAGUGAAUUAAAAAAAACUGGAUUCAAAAAUGCUUUUGCAGAGAAAUAGCAUAGCAAAUAUUU